GGGAAAGUGAUCUCUAGAAUUGGCGGAAAAAAGGGAAUUGAGCAUUUAGAUAGUGAUGCAGGGCACUGAAUGAGUCAACGUUUAAGGAUUUGAUUAACAGUAACAUCUAGCCGAACACUGGCCAAGCACUGGUAUUUCCAGAGAUGAACCAAACUGCGAAUUCAUCCAACUAUCUGACCAAAAUCUCGCAACUGGAGCUGACCAUAACGGUCAGUCUCUACGCUGUGUUAUUGUUAAUUGUUAUAACUGCUAAUGGACUCGUUCUCUCCGCGUUCUUAAUAAACAAACAUCUUCGCACGGCCACAAACACACUAGUAAUGGGAUUGGCCGUCAGUGAUAUUCUUGUCGGGUUUGUCUCAAUUCCCUGCUGGUUGCUCAUUUUUACGUCGUACCACGAGCAUUCCACGACCACCCAAACAACAUAUACUUUCUACAUUACGUUUGACAUUUUCAUCGGAGGAGCUUCCAUUCUGCAGUUAACAGCUCUGAGUGUCGAGCGUUGUCACGCAAUCGUCCGCCCAUUACGUCAUAGAACUCUGUCCAUAAAAGUUUUCUACGUCAUGAUCGCUAUACCAUGGUUAUACGCCGCCAUUAUUGCAAGUUUACAACCCGUGCAGUUUGCCGGUGAUUGGCAAGACGUUUACACACUUCUCGUGGCUUUCACGUGCUUUAUCAUCCCUUUUGUCGUCAUUUUCUUCGCUUAUUUAUUCAUCUAUCGUUUUGCUCGUAACCAGCCCGGAAAAAGGAGUAUUUGCCAGCACCGUGCAGUGAGGCAAGCUUACAAAAAAGACCUAAAGCUAUCUGUCACACUAGCACUCAUUACAGGACUCUUUGUUGCAGCUUGGCUGCCUCUUUUUGUCGUUACCAUGAUUGGUACGUAUUACCCACAACACCUUCCGCUCUCAACUCGUACUUACCGCGUGACUCAGCUCGUCAAAUUUUGUCACUAUGGCAACAGCGCGCUAAACCCAGUCGUGUAUGCCUUUAGGAAUAGUGAGAUGAUCGCCACAUUCCGUUACAUUGCACGUGCCUUGCUUUGUAAAGAACAUCAGGUUCCAAGCCCGCUCAGUAGAACAUCAUCUUUGGGAAAAUCGAGCUUACGAGGAAACUCAUUCACUGGUAGUCUAAGGAGGUCUUCGUUUAAAGGAGGAAGUCAUAGAGAAAAGAGCCCAUUAAAAAAGGAGGAGCUCGAGGGAGUCAACAACAGGCGCGAAAGAAAAUGUGAGAGCUUGGUAUUAAUGUAUUCCACCGUGUAGUUUAAAGAGCACGAAUUAUUAUAACAAAAGAUAUUAACCCUUUCGCUGGCAGGUUCCUGGGGACUCAAUAUUUUUCUAUGACGUAAGGCGACAAAUCCGGCCUCAGCUCAUCACAUUUUAAGUUCAACCCCAACAAACUAUAGAUCAUUUUAAUCAGCAGAAAAUUUACCCUCAUUUUAAGAUUAUUUUGUUACAUGUGGGUCCUUGUGCACAUAAUUUGAGACAAGAAAAGCAUGGCAUAACAAAAUGUUUGAAGAGUAUGUUGUUUUUCCUGCUCUACUAAGACAAGGCAUCAACAUACUUGUGAGCAUAACUUUUAUAUUAUGCAAAAGUGUAUUAUUUCAGGAACCAAACACUUUUUAUUUCAUUCAAUUAUCUUCAUUGCAACCAAAGUUAUGCCUUUUACUGUUCAUCAAGGUGCGCUUCGCAAUUUUCAAAAAUUAGAGGAUAUGUGAUAUUGCAGAACUAUACUUGAGUAACAACUAGCUAGCUUCACUUGAAAUCACCAAAAAACUAACCACAAAUGACACAAAGAACCAUAAAUGGACAAUAAGGUAAAAAUGGUUCUGUUCUGUUCUUAUAAAAAAAAAUUACAAUCCAUAGCAACCUUCAGGAGUGUAGGCACAGGAAAAAAUGCAGUAUGAAAUACUUGACGUACAUUCAAAGAUACAGUUCACAAGUCUAAAUAAGUGUCCUUUUCCCUCAAAAGAAACUUCGUUAGGAUCGUCCUCUAAAACAAUUCGCCGUGCCUCCUCGAGUGGAAUCCAUGCAGACGCCAUAUUUAAAAGGAUAGUACUGCGUGAGCAAAUUUUUUUCGCCAAAAACCGGUCAAAUUUAGCUAUAAACAGCGAGAAAUACGGCUACGAAUGAAGGAACGUGACUUGACAAACCAUAAUAAUGCUUACGAACUCAAAACAAUACUAUCUGGGGGUCCCCUGAGGUUUUUAGUAUGGAUAGUUACAGAGCGUACGAAUUCAUACGUUUGCCAGCGAAACAAGUUGAUCUAGAGCUUCAAAACUGCUGUACAUCGAUCGAUGUCUUGAGCAAAACUGGCCCCCUAAGUUUUAUUCAGUGCUGAUUAAAAAUAAAACACCUUUGAAGGACUAUCAAACGGAACGAUAGCUUCGUACAUUUGAGGAAAAUAUACAUUCUUAGAUUAGGUGAAAAACAUGUCAAAAUUUUAAAGUUAAUAUCAUUUUAAAGAUAAAUUAGUACAUAGCAUAGAAAAUUCAGAGAUGUUUAGUAUUUUUAAUUUAACGUUUUUUUUACCGUGGAAAAAUGGUGGAGCAUUCCUAGCAGAACAAUUGAAUGACAGAUGGGCUCAUAUCAUCCUUAUAUGCUCAAUAUAUAUAAGCAAAAUAUACAAUUGUCAUGGUAACAUUGUAAGAUUACAUAAGAUUUACAUCAUA